AUGAAUCAAAUGAACAAUAAUAACAACAUGAAUAUGAAUAUGAUGAUGAUGGGAGGAAAUGGAGGACAAAUGAUGAUGAUGGACCCCAAUAAUAUGGGUAUGAUGAACCAAAUGAUGCCGAAUAGGAUGGGAGGAGCACAAAUGAUGAUGAACAAUAAUAAUAAUAAUAUGGGUAUGAUGAAUGGUCAACAACAACAAUUCCAACAACAGAUACCCCAACAACAACAACAACAAUUUAACAACAAUCAACAAAUGAUGUAUAAUAAUAAUAAUAAUAAUAUGAAUAUGAAUAUGAUGAAUGGAUAUCAACAACCACAACAAAUAUCUCAACAACAUGGUAAUAACAAUAAACCAAUCAACCAACAACAACAACAAUCAGGAAAUAGUAAUUCAUUUUAUAAUAAUUCUGAUAUGUUACAAGGAUUCCCAAGUAAAUUACCGUCACCAAAUCAACAACAACCACAACAAAUAUCUCAACAACAACAACAAAUAAGUAUCAAUGGACAAAUACCACCAAUUUCAAAUGAAUCAAAAGCACAAUAUUCAAAUGUAUUCUUUAAGAUUGGUGCAACCAAUGAAUAUAGUAAAGUACCAGGUACAGUGGUCAAGGAGAUAUUCCAACGUUCAGGUGUAUCAAAUGAUAUUUUGGCAAAGAUUUGGAUAUUGGCAGAUAUUGAUAACGAUGCUCAUUUGGAUCGUGAAGAAUUUAUCAUUGGUAUGCAUUUGGUGUAUGGAGCCAAGAGUGGUUAUCCAUUACCAGAUGUCCUACCAAAAUACUUGGUACCAGAAUCUAAAAUUGUUUAUCAUCAAACUUCUGCCACCAAUCAAGCUGAUUGGCAAUCUUUUCCUCAAAUUUCAAUUCCAAUCACAAAUAAUAAUAACGGAAAUAAUAAUAAUAUAAAUAAUAUGGGAAUGAUGAAUAAUGGAUUCCAACAACAACCAACAACAUAUAAUCUUCAAGUACAAGGUAAUCAAAUGGUUCAAAUGCCAAAUGGAUCUGUACAACAACAACAACAGCAACAACAAUUCUUUUCAAUGAACCCUCAAGAUUUUGUUGGUACACAUUAUAAUGGUAAACAUGGUGGAGUUGGUAGUGCAAUUUCAUUUGAACAAAGAUUAGCACUAAGCAGUGAUUUGGAUGCUGCAUUGGCAAAAAGAGCAAAUAGAUCAUAA